GUGUUCAUAGGUAGUCUAUGCAUAGUCGCGUACCUCUCUAAAUAGUCAGUCAGUACCAGUCAGUACUCACUUUCAUCAACCAUUUAAAGUUUCAGCCAAAUCAUAGUUUCAUCCAUCCAUCCACACAGUAUUAUCGGCAUUUUAUCUUUUUUUCUGUUAUAUUAUUAGUUUGUGGUAUUUGUUGUCAUUGGUGCUAAAUAAGGCAUAAUACUUUUUUGUGGCGUAAACAGUAAUUUACUGGCAUCGUUAGAAAGUUGUUUAAAAGGAUGGCACGAGGUCAACAGAAACUCCAAUCACAGGCUAAAGCUGCAGAGAAGCAAUCAAAACUGAAGAAACAGCAAGGCCACAGUGCCAAUGACCAGAAGAAGGCAGCGCAGAAAGCCCUUGUGCAUGUCUGUGUUGUGUGCAAGGCGCAGAUGCCCGACCCUAAAACCUACAAACAACACUUUGAAAACAAACAUCCCAAGAAUGACCUUCCAGAAGACUUAAAAUCCAUCUAACGCCUAUGACUAUGAUGUAGAUUUAACAUUUAUUUAACUUUUAAGAAUUGUAAAGAUAUCUUCAUAUUGAAACUGCA